AUUUUUGUUUCGCUUUUUUCUUCUUUUUUAAAUACAUUCGGAUGAGAUAAGGAUAAAACUAUUAUAUAAAACGACAUGUAUGUAUGUUUUUAAAUGAUGGUUGAUAAUGAAAAUCAACAAUAUUAUAUCGAACACGAUAAUUUUACAACUUUUAAUGAUAAAUCACGUCUAAAUAUUACAACCAAGAAUGAUGACAAGAAAAAAGUUCCACCCGGGUUUGAGAAUAUUGUUAGAAGGAAUAUUAAUGUUCUUGAUAAUCGAAGAUUAUCUUGGGAUACCACUAAAGACAAAAUUGUGAAUGGACCUUCAAGAUUUCUUGAUGAAAACAGACGGAUUGUUAGGAAAGAGAUAAAACAAAAGAACAAAAAAACAAUCAAUUCUUACUAUGAGCUGUUUAAUAACAACAAUUUACUUAGAGUUGAAGAAAUGUAUAAUGAUGAGCGGAAAAAGUUUUUGCCAGACUUCACGUUUGAAGACUUAUUUGAUUACAACAUUGAAAAUAUUCCGAUAAUAAUGAUUGAAGGCUAUGCUUAUGAAAAUAAUUAUACCCAUAUCACAACAGAAUAUAACUUUUUUUUGCCCAAACAAUUUAAGAAAGAAAGAGAAGGUCAUAAGCUAAUUCGUGAAAUCUUCUAUAAAGAGGAAAAAAAGUGGUUUAAAAACUUAUGGAAAAAAGCUGUCCCUUUUCUAUAUUGCGAUUAA